AUGACGGAAGCGCCUGAGGACGACAUGCCUGCUGGUUCGCCAAUGGCAGAGCGAGCCGCACAUGUGACGCCUGCCACGUCGACCGGCUUCCAGCAUCCUGAUCAGCGCACGAGCCCUCCUGUGCCACCUGCAGAGGGUGCUUCAACGCGCACAGCGCGUCCUGGAGGCCACGACCUAAGACUACGGCAGCAGCCGCCGCCGCCGCCUCUACCGCCGAACAUACCGAGGCCCGCGGACUUCUGCCAGAAGCCGCCGUACAACGACUCGCACGUCAUGUGCAUGACGCAGCCGUACACCGAAUGCAUCACGUACUUCGUCAACUCGACCUUUCUGAGCCAGAGCAUCCUGUGGGUGCACAACCACUACCGAUCCCACCUGGCCCUGGGUCGGCUCGCCGACUUCCCCUCGGCCGGCAACAUGCUCCAGCUGCGCUGGGACGACGAGCUGGCCAGGGUAGCCGAGGCCAAGGCCCGGCUAUGUGCCGACGAAGGCGGCAGCCUGCACGUCCACACGGGGGCCAUCUGGAGGGUCGACUUCCCCGACGUGGGCAUCAGCAUGCAGCCCCAGAAGGCGGACGACAAGGCGAUUCCCAUCAUAUGGCGCUUCGUGGUGCGCGACUGGUUCGACCAGAACAUCCUGUUCCCGAAGGAAGAGGCUCCCAAGUUCGUCGAGACGCCCGGCACUGAGCAGUUCGUCCAGAUGGCCGCCGCCGACACGUACGCCGUCGGCUGCAGCUACACGCGAAACAUCAUGUCCAAUACCUUGCUGCCGCAGAAAUACUUCAACAUCUACGUCUGCCUGUACGGGCCCAAGGCGCCCCUGGCGGGAAAGCCGCUCUAUUACCCGGCGCCGUACUGCUCGCUCUGUCCGGAGGACACGACGUGCGACAUGCCUUCCGGACUCUGCGUACUCAAGAGCAAGAAGCCGGGCCCCGCCAGGCCCCCGCCCGAGCCCAAGAAGAAGGAAGGCGGGGACGAGAAUGAGAAGCCGGCAGCCUCCGAGGCCGUCGCCGUCGACGUCGACGUGAUGUCCCUGCUUGCCGCGGCCGUGCUGGCCGUCUACGGCUGGCACCGGGGUGGCGACUGA